CACCGAUUAGCACACUCUAGUGCUUUCCAACUUGAUAUGGUCGUAGAAUUUUUAAGGGUCAAGAAAAUCACUGAAAAUUCAGAAAUCAGGUAUGAUGGAGAGUUUAAGGUCACGGUACUGAAAGAGUCACCACCAAUGAUAUUAAGCAUGCACUUUUUUUUCUUUAUUCCAGACAUGACAAGUUUGUCAUCGAGCAUCCUUUCCAUCCUAGUAAUGGCAGAAUUUGUUGUUGGAAAUUUUGCCAAUGUCUUCAUAGCUCUGGUGAACUGCAUUAACUGGGCCAAGACUCAAAAGAUCUCCACUGUUGAUGGGAUUCUUACUGCUCUGGCUGUCUCCAGAAUUGGUAUGCUCUGGAUGAUCCUAUUAAACUGGUAUUCAACUGUAUUUAAUCCAGCCUUACAUUCAUCAGAGCUGAGAAUUAUAGUCAGUAAUACUUGGACAGUAACCAACCACUUUAGCAUUUGGCUUGCUGCUAGCCUCAGCGUAUUUUAUUUGCUAAAGAUAGCCAAUUUCUCCAACCUUACUUUUCUUUACCUGAAGAAGAGGAUUAAGAGUGUCGUCAUGGAGAUAACGCUGGUGAAUUUUGUCUUUUUGGUUUGUCAUCUUGCUGUGCUAAACAUAGGCCAGAUUUUUCAGAGAGAAGAAUUAGAAGGAAAUGCAACUUGGAAGAUUAAGUCGAGGGGCAUUGUCCAGCUUUCAAGUAUGACUGUAUUCACACUUGUAAAUCUCAUACCCUUUACUAUGUCACUGAUAUGCCUCCUGCUGUUAAUCUGUUCCUUAUGUAAACACCUCAGGAAUAUGCAGCUCCACAGCCGAGGAUCUCAGGACUCCAGCACCCAGGUCCAUGUAAAAGCUGUGCAAACUGUGCUCUCCUUCCUCUUGCUGUCUGCCAUGUACUUCCUUGCUCUAAUCGUAUCAUAUUGGAGUUCUGGUAAAUCACUGAGUAAACUCAGCCACAUGUUUUGUCAGUCCAUUGGGAUCAUCUAUCCUGCAAACCAUUCCUUUGUCCUGAUUUGGGGGAACAAGAAGCUAAAGCAGAACUUUCAUUCACUUUUAUGGCAGGUGAGGUGCUGGGUGAGAGGACAGAUAUCCUGAAUGUUUUAGAUUAAUGAGAGAGAUGCUGUUUAUCUCCUAGCAGAAAGCAAAUUGAUAGAGUCUGUUCCAUUUUACACUCUUUGGGUUUCCCACAGUAUAUGCAUCUGAGUAAUGUCUGAUGACAUAGCUACAAAAGCCUUUAAUCUAAGUUUAUUACUUAAAAUAUGUAUGUCUAUACAGAAUGAUUAGAUAUUAGAAACAUCUAUCACGACAUACAAAUCAUGUAAUUACGCAAAAUAUGACAAGAAAUUCCCUAAUACUACAAUCGUAUUUUUAAUGUACCUUCUCUAGAUUAUU